AACUUGCACUUGCGUCUCUGUUCAGCUUGAACGCCUUGCUUGAUUUCUGGAGGUACUUCAAAUACACCGUGGCACCGAUGAGCUUGGUCAUGAGUCCCAGCCAGCAGACCCUGCUGGGCUUGCAGAAUGCAGCCGUACAGACAACUCCACCACGUGAGCUGACAGCAAAGAAAACCCCAUCUUCGACACCUUCUCCUCCCAUCCAGGGUCAAAGUGUGCUGAGUUACAGCCCGUCCCGCUCCCCCAGCACCAGUCCAAAGUUUACUACAGGUUGUGUCACAGGGUACAGCCCUCAGCUACAAGCUCUGUCAAGCAACAGCGCUUCAUACGGCGGUGCUGUAAGCUAUUCACCAACGAGCAGCUACAAUAAGGCUUCCAACUUCAGCCCCUCUCCCAGUGGGGCCCUGUACCCCACCAGUGUUGGAGCACUGGAAAGUGGUGGGCUGAGGUCUCGUUACCGCUCUUCACCCAUUCUGUACAAUUCUCCUACUGGCAAAGAAGACUACAUGACAGACCUCAAGGCCCUGGACACCUUCCUUCAAAAUGAAGAGGAGAAACAGCACAGAGUUCAACUAGGAAGUUCAGACUCCAGCUCUCCUUCCAGCAGCCCAACUUUUUGGAACUACAGCCGCUCCAUGACAGACUAUGCACAGAUGCUGAGGAAGUUCCAAUAUCAGCCGGCUUGCAGGUCCCAGGCUCCAUCAGCACACAAGGAUGAAGCUGAUCUGAGCUCAAAACAGGCUGCAGAAGAGGUUUGGGCACGGGUGACAAUGAACCGACAGCUCCUUGAUCACACGGAUUCCUGGACUGCCAAGUUCAGAAACUGGAUUAAUGAGACCAUUUUAGUGCCGCUUGUCCAAGAGGUUGACUCUGUGAGCACUCAGCUGAGGAGAAUGGGGUGUCCAGAGCUGCAGAUUGGAGAAGCCAGCAUCAGCAGCCUGAAGCAGGCAGCACUCGUUAAAGCUCCCCUCAUUCCAACCCUGAACACGAUUGUGCAGUAUUUGGAUCUGACACCGAACCAGGAGUAUUUGGUCGAAAGGAUCAAAGAGCUUUCUCAGGGAGGAUGCAUGAGUUCAUUCCGGUGGAACCGAGGAGGGGAUUUCAAAGGCCGCAAGUGGGACACGGACUUGCCCACUGACUCCUCUAUCAUCGUGCACGUCUUCUGCACUUACCUCGACUCCAGGCUGCCGCCUCACCCCAAAUAUCCCGACGGCAAAACCUUCACUUCCCAACACUUCAUUCAGACUCCAGACAAACCAGACACUUCAAAGGAAAACGUGUUUUGCAUCUACCAAAGCAGCAUCAAUCCACCCCACUACGAGCUGAUCUACCAGCGCCAUGUCUACAACCUGCCCAAG